ACUUUGGAGAUCAGCAUGCGCGACACCAUGCGGAGGCCAAAGGCCCCGAGGGCCAGGCCAUAGGUGGUGGAGUAGGCUCCAUAGAGCUCGGGACGCUUGGAUUCGGUCAGAUCCAACCCGGCCGGAGGGGUGAAAUCCAUGGUAUCGCGCUUCAGAUCGAUCAGUCCAUCCGGCAGACGAACAAGGCAGCAGCAGUUCAGCGGGAUUUGCGCGGUUUUAUAAACAGGGGGGCGCGACUUUGGGGCUCCACGUAAGACCGAACCCGAAAGGGGAGAAAGGACCAGGACCAGUUUGCGCCGGAGUUGGACAGGGAUUUCCUUGGGGGCGCGGAACUAAAAUGUCCCCUCAGGGAUCACAACCGACGGCGCUGCAAAGGUUCCAAUACAAAUACAGGCCGGACCCAUUUGCUAAUCACCGUCCAUUCCCUCCUCUCCAAUUAACCCCCCUCCAAACCCCCAAGAUCCUCAGAAUGACUACUGUCGUCGUGAUUCCCGGUGCCUGGCUCACGCCGGACUUCUACCAGCCCUUCUUGACUGCCCUCACGCAAGCCGGGUAUCGCGCGCACUUGGCCGGCUAUCCCUCGCUCAAUCCCUCCGAUCCUGCCACAGCCGACUGCCAAGCCGAUAGCGACGCCAUCCAGCGGGAGCUGCGCACGUUGGUUGAGGAUGACGGCCAGGACGUGGUGCUGUUGAUGCACUCGUACGCCGGCAUGCCUGGUGCCUCGGCGGCUCGUGGAUUGUCCAAGCUGGAACGACAGCAGCAGGGCCUGGCGGGCGGCAUUCUAGGGCUGAUUUUCCUGGCGGCCUUCGUGGUGCCUGAAGGCCACAGUUGCGCCGGUCUGCAGGGCGGCAAUCUCCCCCCUUGGAUCCUUCUCGACCAGCCCUCCGCGCAACUCAACAUCGUCGACGACCCGGUCGGCAACUUUGCUCCGGAAGUUGACCCGACGCUCCUGGGCGAUCUCACCACCUUCCUGCAACCCCAUUCUUCCUUGGCCUUCUUCUCGCCGCAGCCCGCGCCGGCUUGGGCGGACGUCGCCUACGCCGGACGGCUGGCCUUCAUCGUCACGACGGCGGACAAGGCGGUGCCCAAGGAGGCGCAACACUAUAUGAUCAGCAGCACCGGGAAGACGUUCAUCGUCAAGGAGAUGGAAUGCAGUCAUCUGGCCCCGUUCGUGGAUCGCAUCCCCGAGACCAUUGGGUUGGUCCACGAGCUGCUCCCGGCGUUCCCGUCCAGUUGAGAAAAAAUCUCGUCUGAUUGAGUUUGUUGUAUUAUGAUCAUGAUUUUCUGUUCCAUUUGUUGGAGCUGCUAGUGGCUACGGACAAAGACAAACUCUAUGCCGACUUGAUCGGCGGGCAUCCAGGC